ACAAUAGUUAAGCUCUAAGUGCAUCCCACCACAUCAUCCGUUCGUGUAAAAUUUAUUUACACUUACUAAUUGUGCAUUCGAACCAAAAAAAAUAUCAGAUUUAAAAUCCAACUAUUUAAAAAUCCAUAUUGGUUGAGAAGAUGAUGCUUAUAUAGAUGAAAUAUUUAAAAUUGCCACAAAAGGUGGAAGCAAUCGUGCUAGUUUAUAGCAACGCGAUACGGUGGCGCAGCUCCAACUCUCUCACCGCUGUCGAUCUUCUUUCCGCGCCGCCACUGUCGGAAACCGUCUUUCCACGCCACCACCGCAUUUGAGUUCAGGUAUAUGACUGAUAAAUUGAUAACAAUUCUUAGAUGCCUCGUUACAAAGAUGAGUCCCCUGCGGUUCGUGUUUACACGGUCUCUGAUGAAUCAAGGUAUUUGAUUGUGAGGAACGUUCCGGCAUUAGGUUGUGGUGAUGAUUUGCUGCAACUGUUUUCAUCCUAUGGAGAAGUUGAGGAGUGUAAGCCAAUGGACGCCGAAGAAUGUGAGCAAUUCACUGAUGUUUAUUGGAUCAAAUUCUGUCUUUUCAGUAAUGCCAGGUUUGCGAAAAGAAAAUUGGAUGAGUUUGUUUUCCUUGGGAACCCACUACAGGUUUCGUAUGCUCCCCAUUUUGAGAGUUUGUCUGAUACAAAGGAUAAAUUGGAAGGAAGAAGAAGGGAGGUUUUGGCUCGAUUGAACCCUAGAAGAUCUAAAGAGACUAUAGCGUCAAGCUCUAGGCCCCUAAUUGCUUCGAACACCAGUUUCCUAUCAGAACCUUUAUAUACUAAUUCAAGGACAGCAGAAUUUGAAGAAAGGCCGAACAACAUCAUUCUUCCAAAAAGAACGGUUUCAUCUAACGAGGAUUAUUUUUCAUCCCAUUCCAUGAAUCAAACAGUGAGGAUUGUCAGGGAUAAGCUUGAUAAGAUUGAAUCCAGUGGCGGGCAUCUGGAAGCUGGAUCAACAUCCAAGAAAGCACGAGUCGAUAAUAGGAGGAGGAUUUAAUUUGUAAAAGUCUAAAGUUUAAUGUAGUUGUGGUGUUCUCCUAGGGUGUGUUUGGGAGGUUCUCUUCACUCUUUUCGUCCGGAUCAAGAUCGAUCUCCUAUUCGGGUUUCAUCGAGUACAUGUCGUAAGAGAUAAAAUCACAUUAUCUAUAACAUGGGUGGGUCUUGCUCCUGCAUUUACCAUCCUAUAUAGGUAGAUAUUUAACUCCAUCUUGUUAGUUUUUAGGUUGUUUGAAAUUUGUAAUUGAAAGGAAACUAUCAAGGUUAGAAUGCACUUCUAUUCUUAUCCUCAUCAAUAUAAUUGAUAUGUUCUUGACA